AUGCACCUGAAGAGAUUCACUCUCAGUCAUAGCACGGCUAUAUGCAUGGACGAAGCUUCAUCAUCUACUGCCACGCAACUGUCAGAUGUCGAACUGAUCAAAUGCCACCCACUGAUGCCUGUUUUGGAGUUACUAUGUGAGAAAUGCGGUGACGCUACACAUACAAUGCAUCCGAGAGCGUUUCAAAUGAAUGAUGUAUGUCAGCUAUUUCGAAAACUUGAAUCGAAUGGGGUGAGCGCAACUACCGGUAACGAGAAAAUCGACAAGCUUAUGAAGGACGCGAUUGUAGUGCUUCGGAUUCAUUUGAUCGAGUUACAAAAGGUAGCCUCAUUGGCUGAGGAUUUUCACACCAAAUACUUACAAGCCCUUCGAAAACGUGUCUCCCAUGAUGUCCUAGUGGAAUCCACCGGUGACAGCGAUGAUGAUCUAGCCGAACCCAAUCGUCAUGACGAGAUAGUCUCGUCGAGACUUCAAGGAGGUGCUGUUGCGACUCUAACGACUCCACAGGGUACCGUUAGUAUAUCAUUCGAUCCAAGGACAGUACUGUCUGGUGUUCAAGGUGCAUCUACUGUCAAAGCUCGUCCGAGGUUCGAUUUCACUUCCAUUGAACGAAAUCGAUCAUUGCAGAAUAGUAGACGCUUAGGAGACGUUCAAACUAGUGCCAGUGAAACUCCAGUAAGAGUUCGUUGUCGACAUCGAAGUGAGAGUAAUGAAGAAUGAAUGAGUCACUAUAGUAUGCGAAAUAUAGAGCCUAUAAUAUAUCUUUAUGACACAUUGUUCU